AUGACUUUCUACGAUGAUAUUUACCCAUUCUACCCAUUACCAAGAACCCCCUUCAUCUUCAGCACAAACUUGCUCACGAUCAUUCUGGUCUUUUUGGUGCUGGCCGUUAGCUUUCUCCUUAUUCUGGCAGGAAUUCGCGGCAAAUCGAGACUGUUCUGGAUGUUUAGGAUAAUUACCAGUUUAUUUAUUGGAGUAGUUAUAGUAGCACUAAACUUCACAAGUGACUGGGCAGAAGCCAGUUUGAAGGCAAAUGCUACCUACAAGUCCUUCAGCAGUGCGGAAGUGAAUGCAGAGGUUGGCCUGCAUGUGGGUCUAUAUGGAAUUAACAUAACGCUAAGGGGAAACCCUGUGGAGCAGCUCAAUGAAACCAUAGAUUAUAAUGAGAUGUUCCAGUGGUCGAGCCAGAUUGAUGAAGAGUACUCUGAUGCACUGGAGAAAGGCUUGCCCAACCCCAUCCUGUAUAUUGCAGAGAAAUUCACUUUAAACAACCCAUGUGGCCUCAUAUACCAGUACAGAUACUCUGGUCGAUAUGCUUCAGCAACCCUCUGGACAGCAUUCUGCUGUUGGCUGGUUGCUAAUAUUCUGUUCUCGAUGCCAGUUAUCCUCUAUGCUGGGUACAUGAUGUUUGUCACAGGCGUGUUCAUCUUCUUAUCCAUGGCUUCAUUCUCAACAAUAUACAACCUGCCUCAGUGUCAUUUCACCAUAGGAGCAGAGCCCCUGGAAAGUGACUUCAGCCACUCCUUCUGGCUAGCACUGGCCACAGGUUUCCUCUGUGCUUUGAUUGGGAUAUUGGUGGUACUCAUGGACUGUCUGAUGCCAGAGAAGAUGAAGGAAGUUUUCAGCAUAGGUGUGGAUGGUUGUGAAGAUGAAAACUAUGAAGGAGAAAGCUACUUCAACAUUAACCUUGUAGAGACAGUAACUCUGGAUGGAGUGAUUAUAAGCAAAGAAUCCACAAAAGUUGACAACAAAACUGACUCGGACACAGGAGAGGACUGCCCAGGUGCCAGCGGGCAUACUCACUGUCAUCCCAGAGGAUGA